AUGUCUGGAACAGCUCUCACUACUUUACAGCGCGACAUGUCCAAUAUCAAAUUAGAGCCUUUUCCUCUCCAGGACAAUAUUUGCGGUUCACAGUUGUGCUUAUCCUACUCAAACAUGCAUACAACUGCUCAUAACAAUCAGAAAGAUGGUAAUAGGUCACCGUGUCAUUGCUCUGAUUCAGAAGACACAGAAUCUAUAACAGGGUCAACUUCGAUUUCUAGUACAUACUCACAAAAACUCGAAGAACAAAGCGAUUAUAUAGACCCGGAAUUAUUAUACAAUGAUGAAGAUCCUUUUUGGAUUUCAGAUACUGCAUCAAAUCCUGAUCAACCUCUGAUACCUUGGAUAGAACAACUGGUCUCUUGUAGUGUUUGUGGUGGUCCGAAUUUCGUAUUGAACUUUAUCUGUGUCUGUAAUGGUUGCAAUAAGGGAUUUCACCAAACUUGUCACAGACCCGAGAUAACCGAUAGGGAUGUCAAUCGUCAAAAUGCUCUAGGUGAUACAUGGUACUGCAAAGACUGUCAUUUGAAAAAUAAUUUAGAGAACAAUAACACAUUGAUGAAUUGUGAAAACAAAGUAAAUAAAGAUGACACUGAGAAGUCAGAGAAUAUGAUGGAAAUUGAGGAGGGGAAUGAGGAUAAAGAGGGGAAUGAUGAGGAUGAGGAGGGGGAGGAGGCGGAGGGAUCAACGUGUUCAUCAACAGAAGCUGAACUUUAUUGCAGAUUGCUUGACCCGAAGAAUGAUCAAAGGGUCAUUCCUUCUAAUUUAUCACCAAGUCGUCAUCGUAAAUUAUACACGACCACUUCAGAGAUUCGAAAAUUCUUUAAGAAUUGUCCAAACACCGAUAAAGAUUUUGGUCAAAUAUUUAAACCAGAAGAUUGGACUCACACAAAAGAAAAUAUUCAUACGUCAAGAAAGUCAUUGAAAUCCUCGAAAAUUAAUAAUUCCUCUGGAAAGACCUCCAAGCUCAUUGAUGAUGACGAUAAUCACGAGAAAGGGACCAAUAUUAAAGGGGUUAAAAAUAAUAAUAAGCGUAGUUUACCCGCAAGAAAUUCCAUCACAUCUCCCGUCAAAAAAUCAGCUGGAUCUUUGAAAAAUGCAACCGUCACAAAUAAAGGGGCAAUGAAUCAAGUAAAAAGCCCAACAAAUAAUGCCCCAAAUAAAAGCAAAGCCUCGGAUCGAAUCGAAGAAGAGGAAAGCGAUUUUGACAUUUUAUCACUGAUACCAGCUAAUGUAAUCCCAUGCAUGAGCUUAGGUGUCUUGUCUUUCCGAGAAGGGACUAUCGAUCCGAAAAGAGGACAAAUCAAAAGAGGACAUAUUUUCCCAGUGGCCAAAUAA